CAAGUGUGCACUGUGUGCCAACCUCACCUCUCCCACCUCACUAUUCACUCGGAGUGUAAGGGAACAUCAACUUCCUCCAGUUGAGACUAGCAACAAGGAACCUACUCAACCUACUUGAGAGGUACGCAAUUAUAAGAUCUUAUUGAUGCCGAAAAAGUCCUUUACUGGUAAUCCGAAGCCAUGGCGGAUAUCUCGUCCUUGGUGCCUUCAUGCCUCGAUGAGUUCAGGUCACUGAACGACAGUCUUGCGGUUCCAACCCCAAAGUGUGGCCCGGGAGGGGAUGAUGUCCCGGAGGAUCUUCGACCUUCCAUCAAGAAUCAGCUGGGUAGAUUCCGUGUAUGGUCGAUGAACCUGGGGGCACAUCGGACGGGGAGGUCCUCGCUGGAUUACCGGCUACAGGAUGCAUCGCACAUCAGGACCCAGGUGAUCAACCUGUUGAACGGCCUGGUGGAAUGCCUUCAGGAUGGAACUUCAAUAGUCAGCGGAACAGUCGAACCUUGGGACAGCAUGGAGCCCACCUCAGACGAUGAGGACUCUGACAGUGACGGCCUAGAAGCCAAUUGUCUUGCAGAUCUCACCGAGCUAUCCCAAAUUGUGUCUGAAGCCUCCGAGAUCAUCAAUUGUCUCUUCAGGCUAUCAGUCUCGAUCCACCAUCCCGCCCCUCACGACCGAUUCAGGCGGUCAGCAAUGAUUGAUACCUCUCAUUAUGAAGCGUUUGACUCAGCACAUAUUCAGAAUAAGUUUCCUUCCGCACAUCAAGGGAUCGUCAAUCAGCUUGGAAAAGCCAACUCCUUCAGGCGCCAGUACUUUCGAUAUCGAGAGGAACACCAUCGAAAACUUGCGCAAGGACUACCUGACGGGGGAAUGGAGCCGCCAUGCGAUGACACAAAGACAAUAGGAGACACCACCGUGGCUUCAUCUCUCCCGCAACACCUGAAGACAUCCAACUCGGGCGGUUCUCGUGUCGAAGACUUCGACACCCGUUCAGAGGCUGGUAGAACCGAGACCUCCUUUGCCCCUAGCUCAGUUCCUGAUGGAGCUAGAUCAAGGAUGCCUUCAAUGCCAGACGAAGCACAACAAGGUCCAUUUGAGUGCCCCUUCUGUUACCGGAUGAUAUCGGUUGAGACAACAAAAGAUUGGAGAAAACAUAUCCUCGGAGACUUGAGGCCUUACAUCUGCCUGUAUCCGGACUGCCCCGCUGCAGGGCAAGACUUCCAACGGCGCCAUCAGUGGAUGCAGCAUUUCCAGCAAGCCCACUGGAACGUAUUUGUCUGUCCUUUUGGACGUGAAGACGUACAAGUCGACGAUCUACCGGCUCUGAAAGCCCAUCUUGCGACAUUUCACAAGGAACAUGCCCAGAGCCUGAGCCCAGAGAGCCUCAUUCAACUAUCUGAACAAGAAAGACCGCUUGAUGCGCCCAAGCAAUGCGAGAUAUGCGGCGAAGAUCUAGACUCAUUCAAGGCAUACACACGUCAUGUUGGUCGACACCAGGAAGACGUAGCUCUGUUCGUGCUUCCGGAUCGUGGGCUAGACGAGGAAUCGCUGUCAGAUGACCAAAACGAAGAAUCUGAGCAUCAUGCUAUCAAAAUGUCAGAUGGACUACCGCCUUUUCUAUUCAACGAUACCGCGGUUCAUGAAGAUGAGGAUAAGGUACCCCCGCUCAGCCCUUACCAAUUACUUGAGACCCAGUUGGCCCAGAUCGCCCAGCAACAACGCGUCCGGGCGGCCCAGCAACAACGCGUCCGGGCGGCCCAGCAACAACGCGUCCAGGCGGCUCACCAAGCCCCGCUUGUCGAAGCACUGAGAUGGGAUUCUCGUGAAGCUGUGCCGCCUCCUUCCCAACCUUCGCAAGGCCCGCCGUCCAUUCAUCUUAAUUCUCCUCCUUUUGCUCCGGAACCAGACUCGUCACAAUUCAAGACACUCGCCCAUUUCAAGUAUAGGCGGCCCGAUGGUUCAGUCGAGGAGAGACCUGAACACAAUGUUCCUGAUACUCCUGCGUCACCCCACCAUACGCUUCAACCUACCUCUAACAACGACGAUGCCUCACAUGUACAGAAUGAACCAAGGACAAAGGAUGGAUUCAUCGCUUCAAGAACAGCUACGCAACGGUGGGAGGCGGAGCCGGUAUCGGACCCGCUGCCUAGAGGUAGUGAGUUCUUUCAGCGUGACGAGAUUGUGCCCUUUCCAGAUUUGGAAAUUUGGGACACACCAGGCCUUGAGGAUUAUAAUCCGAUAAGCUGGAGCUUGGAAAAUAACCCUGACUACAAUCCUGAUGAACAUUUGGGACCAGAGAUCAACCACACACCUUCCUCCGCCAACGCGCAAGAUCAACCAGGAGGUGCCGCUCACCGAGGGAAAACUCGCAAACAUCGAAACAAAGCGAAUAUCAGCCAUGAGGGCAUGGAUGAACGACCGAUUGGUUUCCACUGUCAUGUUCCGGAUUGCAAGUAUAGUGCUGCGACAGGAGGAGAGAUGUUUUCUCGACAAGAUCACCUUUGGAGACACAUUUGCGAGGUUCACCCGCUCAAGGAGCAGGGGUGAUAUGUGCCACUGGGAAUUGUCCAGAAGAAGAGCCCUAGAAGGAGCCGAAGAGACGACUUUGGCCUUGAUACAGGAGGAGACUUGGAGUCCCAACUUUUCGAAUGUCCGAGAAAGGCCACUGAGGAGUCUGAAGGUU